CCCAACGUAACAUUGCUCAGCGACCGAUAGAAAGGAGAGGCUACAAAGUAUUGAGCGAGAAUUACAAACAUGGCUGCUCGAAGCAGAUAUUCUGAACUACCUGGCAUUGACAAUCAGCCAGAUGUCUACGAAACACCCGAUGUUAUGGAGAAAACUAACCAGGAGGGUGACCCUUCGAUGCAGAAUGGAGAUGAAAGUAUUCAUUUGUUAAAAAUUGAUGCUAAAGAAGCAUUUGAGAAAUUUAGUGGAAAAUAUUUAGACCCAGGGAAUACUGAUUUUUCAGGAAGGUGUGGUCCUGAACAGAUGAAAGGCUAUGUUACAAAAACUGAAUAUGAAAUGCUAGGAGAAGGAGCAGCUAAAGAGACACCUCAGAAUAAAUUUAAUCGUCUUCAGCAUGAGAUCCGAGAGCUGGCAGAAGAACUAGAGCAAAUUAAGGUGAGCUUGUGUUUAUGGCUGAGAGAUCUGUGGCUGAUUCUUGAAGAUUUACAUUUGGUGAAUGUCCUUGGGAAGGAGGCUUUGACUGUGGCUUCAACACCUCAAGCUGGGUUGUCACAACGCCUACAGACUCAACUUGAAGCAUUUAAAACAGCUGAGGCAGCAAGUGGGAAGCAAACUAAGCAGAGUGAUGAUGGAUGUGUCACAUAUGAGUUGUUUUACAAACCAGAACAUGCAAAGUUUAAAUCUGUUGUUACUUUGCAGUCCUCCAUUACUGCUGAUCUUGAAAUUAAGGAUAAAAAUUUGUUGUCUGUGGCAUCAGCUCUUGAGGCUAAAGUUGCUUUGUUGGAUGCAAAUCACAUUGAUCACGUUGAUGCACGAUUACAGGGAAUAUUGCAUCAUGUCAAUGCUCUUUCAGAGAAAAAGCAGGAAGUUGAAAAUUCAGCUAAGCAGAGCAAGGUGACCGAACUUUAUGAUCUUUUGAACAAGUGGGAUUCGUUCGUAGACGUUGUCCCGGAUCUGAUAACAAGACUACAAUCCUUGAAAGCUCUGCAUGAACAAGCAAGCCAGUUUGGUCAAUCGUUGUUGGAGCUGGAUUCGUCCCAGUCUGCUCUGAACAGUCAAAUGCGCGGCCAGGCAAAACUCCUUAGUGAGCUGGAAGCCAGUUUCAACUCCAACGUAGCUACCAUUGAGGCGAACUGUGAACGAGUUGAAGCUCGCAUCAAUACUCUUCUCGAGAAAUUCGAAACGAAAGGACGGUGAUUAGCGAGAGGGAGAUAAAAUAGAUACUUAUCUAAUGA